AUGAAACUCCAUCCCUUGGGGACAAGGGACAUUCCAGGGGACAAGGGGGACAGGGGACCCUCCCCUGGGGACAAGGGACAUCCCAGGGAACAAGGACCCCCCCUGGGGACAAGGGACCCCUCAGGGGACAUGGAGACAGGAGACCCCAUCCCCUGGGGACAAGGGACAUCCCAGGGAACAAGGACCCCCCCUGGGGACAAGGGACCCCUCAGGGGACAUGGAGACAGGAGACCCCAUCCCCUGGGGACAAGGGACAUCCCAGGGAACAAGGACCCCCCCUGGGGACAAGGGACCCCUCAGGGGACAUGGAGACAGGAGACCCCAUCCCCUGGGGACCAUCCCCUGGGGACAAGGGACACCCCAAGGGGACACGGAGGACAUGGGACCCUCCCCUCCCUGGGGACAGGCGACCGUACCCCGUCCGCGGUGACGGUGACACUGGGCCUGGUGCCAG